AUUAUUAUGUAUUAUUAUUAUUAUUGUGUGCAUUAUAAAUGUAACCAUAGCAACCAUUUGUCAUAGCCUAUGGGUAAUGUAUUGACUAUAUUGUAUAUGAUUAAAGUUUAAAGGGAUGAUAACAAUAUUAGAACACCACUACAAUUGCAUUCAGUUAACAAGUGCCAACUACUAGAGACUAUUUUGUUACAGAUUUAUGAUUAUGAUGACUUUAGACCAAUUCUGGAAGUUUUUAAAUACUGUGAGAAAAAAAAGCUUUACAGAGAUAAUAUUGUGUUUAUUUUUCUUGGUUUUGAUACUAGCAUAUUAUUGUGUCAAUGUUUUUCAUAUAUUACCAUGUAUGUAUCAGCUACCGUCAGUUUUGUAUUUGACACACAUGCUAUCUUUGACAUUUAUGGUUUUCAACCUGCUAGCAAAUUUUUUAGCCGUAAUGUAUGCCGAUUCAUCAGUGAUUGGCCGAUUGCUUACUAUAUCUAAGUACACAUCAAAAGAUAUUACAUAUUGUUAUGUUUGCCAGUGCGAUGUUCCUCUAAGGUGUUGGCACUGUGAUAUAUGCAAUGUCUGCAUAUUGACUAGAGAUCAUCAUUGCACUUUUAGCACGACGUGUGUUGGUCAUUAUAAUAGAAGAUACUUCUUGUGGUUUUUGUUAUAUUUAUCUGUAGCCAGUUUUUAUGAAAUAAUUUUGAUCAGUUAUUAUACCUACUAUAAAGUGACAAUAAAAUUUUCAGACUUGAUGGUUUUAGUGCCAUUUCAAUCAGUUUUAACUGGUUUUCAUUUAACAGCAGGUGAAAUCUUUGUAGUUUUACUGACAUUGAAUUUUAUAGCUGUAACAAUAUCUUCAUUGCUGUUAAUUUAUCACCUAGAUAAGGUAUGCAAAGGUCUGGUAUGUCAUGAAAAACAAGAGAGUAAUUAUGAUUUUGGCUUGAUGCGAAAUUUGGAAACUGUUUUUGGGGAAAAAUGGUAUAUAACAUGGAUUUCUCCAUUUAUCGAAUCUAAAUUACCCUACAACGGAAUUGAUUGGCAAAGUCAUGUUAAUCAAUAUAAAACAAAAUAAAUCAAUUUUUAUCAAUAUAAUUAUAAAACUAUCUGUGAUAUACAAGUUAAGGUUAUAAUGCAGCUUGAUAUUUUAGUUUUAAUGGAUAAAAUUAUAUAUGCAUUAAAAAAUCAAAUGUUCUGCAUAAUUUAAUCAUACAAAUAUGAAUAAAAAUAAGUAUAAUAAGAAUUAAUCAAAUGUAUUUAUUGUAUGUUUAACGGCAAAUAUAUUA